AUGCUCGCCCUCCGAGCCGCCUGGGCUACAUACAGCCAGCCAGCCGGGGGAACAGCGUGUUUUAUGCCGGCCCCGCCCCCUCCUUGUCCUCCCCCCGGCACGUGCAGCGCCUACGACUCCCGGCAAGCCACGCGCGCGCGUCCGUCACCUGCCGGCGUCUGCGGCGCAUCUGGAUCACGUGCCCGAGCCCGUCCGGCGGCCUGGCGGCGGCACCCCUCACGAACCCACAGCCGAGCGGCCGGCAACGCCAUGGCCUCCGGACCGCUGCCCAGCGCCUUCCCGCCGCUGUCCCCGCGGCUCCGCGCCCGCCGCCUCGCCGCCUCGGGGCCGGCUAGACCUCCGCUCGGCGCACGGGCCUCGACGGUCAGCCCGGCCUACGCCCCGCCGCGCGUCUGGAGGAAGCACCGGUUGGAGGAAGAGCCGGAGGGGUGCCCCCCGGGCAAGAAGGCGGCGGGGUGGCCGUGCUGCUCGGGGGCGACCCCCGACCCGCCGGAAGCGCCCUGCGAGGAAAUGGAACAGGUCGGGCCGGAGCAGCAGUGCGAGGCUGCCCGUCGGAGGCUGCAGGAGAUCGAGGACAGGAUCACCGAGGAGGAGGAGGAGGAAGAAGAGGAGGAGGGACCUGCAGGCCGGCCCGAAGGCCACCUGCCCACCCUGGUCCUGUCCCACACCCUACAAACCGGACUGAAGCAAGAUUACGAAGGAACCUUGACCAAAAAAAUCAUUGAGUCCAUGAGCCGUCCAUCAAUGGAGCUGGUGCUUUGGAAGCCUCUCCCUGAAUUUCUCCCUGAAAAAGGAGGCCCGGCUUGUAUUAAGAGCUACAAGCCAUUGGUCACAGAAAGACGCCUUGGAAAGCUAGCAGCCCUGGAAGCUGCCUUUCCCUCACAGACAGACAAAUUCCUGACGCAGUCUCAGCAAGCAGAAAUGCCCUUGACUCACUUCGGGGCAGUUGGAUCAGGUGGGCCUGCGGAAGAAGAGAUGGAGCUGUAGAAGAAGGGAACAAAGCAAGUUGCUUUACCUUUACUUUCUGGACAAGCAGAGAUUGAAAGAUGCCGUUCAUUAGGAAUCCAGGGGCUUAGUUAUAAAUCUAGGAUGCGGAGAAGGCACUUGGGGCUCCUGAAAAUAAGCUGGCUGGUUCUUUGAAUGCACCUUGUCAUCUUUUUACACAGUGAGAUGUCCCAUCCUUUAUGCCCAUUAAGCCUGAAGCCUUGUUUUCUUGGAGCACCAGUCUAGAGUUUGGAUCUUUUUAAGAAAUUUGAUUGCUUGUGACAAAUACAGCAUUCAUUUCUGCUACAGCCUUUCAAAGUUUGAGUUGAGUAGGCAAACCUGAAGUUCCUUUGUUCUAGCAAUUGACAGGAAAUGUCUGUUCAGGCAUGGGGAUACAGAUCCGUCUUCACCAACUCAAGAUCAGUUGGUGGCAUUGACUUGCAGACUGUUGUAUGAACAGAACAUGUGAACCAUUGAGCCAGGAGUGAUUCACAUUGGCAAAAGCCCUCUGUGCCCUAUGGUUCCUCUCUUGAGAAUCUCAGUGGGCACUAGUAACAUUGAGGGAAAUAGAUCAUGGUUGUGCCAACCUAGCUGAGCACAGCUAUUGGUAGAUAAUGUGCCACUUACAACAUCAGACUGCCUAAGCUGUCAUAUUAUGCACUUUUUAGCUUCUUGUGUUCAAGGAGCCAAUUGGCAGCCUAGUGCUCUGAAAUUCUUGCAGCACCACUGUAAAUGAAAAUUAUUGCAGGAAUGUUUAUGUAUAGGAAAUAGUUUUCCUAGGAAAAGCUCAAGUUUUGCACACUGCCUUCGAGAAAGCCAGGAAAGGCAACCUCAGUUGAUUUUUUCCCCUGUGAAGGAGGACAAUUGAAAGUAGCGUGUGCAUUUUGAGUUCCAUUUUAAAUUUUCUGCAGAUACUUUCUUGGUUCCAAAAUGUAUUAGCUUUCAUAGCUAAUAAUCUUGUUUAAACUUAACAUUGUGCAGAUCUCAGCAAAUCUAUUCUGAUGUUUACAACUCAGUUCUUUAUAUUGCUACUUUGUGAAGUUGCCUCUGCUUUUAAAUAACCUUUUCAUUUAGCAAAAGCCUUUGUGCCUCUCUUCUGUUUGAGUAGCAAGCCCGUGUCACUCUAAAAGCUUGUAAUCUUAAAUUAGGGAAGGACCCAGACAGCCCUUCUGUGCGCAGAGAUCAGAAACCAGCUCUCCCAGGGAGAGCAUAGCAAGUGCCAAGCAACCAGAGUGGGAAUUGGCUUUGCCUACAUCCUGAAAAACCCAAAUCUGACUUUUAUCAGAGCUGUUUCAGGUUAAUGUUGGUUAGAUUUUGCUUUGGUGUAAGAAAGGAAAAAAGGAUGUCUGUUUCUUCAACUGUACAUAAAGUAACAUUCCCAAUUGUUGGAUUGGCCUUGAAAUUACCUUCUCCUUCAUUCGAGGGAUUAAAAAAAUCUUUUGAGUGUAUCCAAAAGUGUAAUUUUUUUGAGGGCUAGAUGGACACCCACUGGUGGAACAAGAAUUGCUUGAGAGAUGGGAAUUUUGGGAGUGUUUUUUGUUGGAUAAUUAAUAUAGACACCAGCAACACUGCAUUGUGGUCUGUCUGCCAUUGGGCCAAAUCACAAUUUGUAUGUCAAUAAACAUUUUUUUUUAAAAAAAUUGUAAAA